UCCUAUAUUUCCUCUUAAAACAAAAAGAUAAAUGUGGGUCGUGUUCGCUCUGGGCUCUCGUUGAGUGCAAGCAUGCAGAGGCGCCGAGAUCCCGCGGCUCGCCCUCCCCGCUUCCUCCGCAGGAGCCGGGCGGAGCUCCCGGCGCGCCCUGGGGCUGCGCCGCCGCAAUCCUCAAGGGGUCGCUGUUCCCGUGAUAACCUCGAGAAAGACUCCACCCCGCGGCCCGCGCUCGUGUUCCCCUUGGGACCCGGGUCCACACGGCGGGGUUGCCCGUCCAUCUCCGGCUCGCCCGCGGGGCCCAUCGUCGACGUUAGCGGCCGCUUUCCGGGCCGACUGACCCAUCCUUGGCGCUGCCGCAGCGAGCGCUUGUUCUCCUCUCUCGCCCCGCCUUCAUCCUCCCCCUUCACGGAAACGACAGCUGCGGCUGCGGGGCCGGGCGCCGCCUCCCUCCACCUACCACGUCUGCCCUCGCCGCUCUAGCCCUGCGCCCCAGCCCGGCCGCGGAGCCCCCGCCUCGCCGCCGCUAGGUCAGCCGGCUCCGCCCGGCUGCCGCCUAGGAUGAACAUCAUGGACUUCAACGUGAAGAAGCUGGCGGCCGACGCAGGCACCUUCCUCAGUCGCGCCGUGCAGUUCACAGAAGAAAAGCUUGGCCAGGCUGAGAAGACAGAAUUGGAUGCUCACUUAGAGAACCUCCUUAGCAAAGCUGAAUGUACCAAAAUAUGGACAGAAAAAAUAAUGAAACAAACUGAAGUGUUAUUGCAGCCAAAUCCAAAUGCCAGGAUAGAAGAAUUUGUUUAUGAGAAACUGGAUAGAAAAGCUCCAAGUCGUAUAAACAACCCAGAACUUUUGGGACAAUAUAUGAUUGAUGCGGGGACUGAGUUUGGCCCAGGAACAGCUUAUGGUAAUGCGCUUAUUAAAUGUGGAGAAACCCAAAAAAGAAUUGGAACAGCAGACAGAGAACUGAUUCAAACGUCAGCCUUAAAUUUUCUUACUCCUUUAAGAAACUUUAUAGAAGGAGAUUACAAAACAAUUGCUAAAGAAAGGAAACUAUUGCAAAAUAAGAGACUGGAUUUGGAUGCUGCAAAAACGAGACUGAAAAAGGCAAAAGCUGCAGAAACUAGAAAUUCACAACUAAACUCAGCUCGCCUUGAAGGAGAUAACAUUAUGGUAAAUUUCUCUUACAUGCUCAACUUCCUGCAUGUAAAAUGGCUGAAGAUUUGGGCAGAGGAAGUGACAAAAUCUGAACAGGAAUUAAGAAUAACUCAAAGUGAAUUUGAUCGUCAAGCAGAGAUUACCAGACUUCUGCUAGAGGGAAUCAGCAGUACACAUGCCCAUCACCUUCGCUGUCUGAAUGACUUUGUAGAAGCCCAGAUGACUUACUAUGCACAGUGUUACCAGUAUAUGUUGGACCUCCAGAAACAACUGGGAAGUUUUCCAUCCAAUUAUCUUAGUAACAACAAUCAGACUUCUGUGACACCUGUACCGUCAGUUUUACCAAAUGCGAUUGGUUCUUCCGCCAUGGCUUCAACAAGUGGCCUAGUAAUCACCUCUCCUUCCAACCUCAGUGACCUUAAGGAGUGUAGUGGCAGCAGAAAGGCCAGGGUUCUCUAUGAUUAUGAUGCAGCAAACAGUACUGAAUUAUCACUUCUGGCAGAUGAGGUGAUCACUGUGUUCAGUGUUGUUGGAAUGGAUUCAGACUGGCUAAUGGGGGAAAGGGGAAACCAGAAGGGCAAGGUGCCAAUUACCUACUUAGAACUGCUCAAUUAAAUAGGUGGACUAUGGAAAGGUUGCCCAUCAUGACGUUGUAUUUAUAUACAAUUAACUCUAAAUAAAGCAGGUUAAGUAUCUUCCAUGUUAAUGUGUUAAGAGACUGAAAAUACCAGCCAUCAGAAACUGGCCUUUCUGCCAAUAAAGUUGCAUGGUAAAUAUUUCAUUACAGAAUUUAUGUUAGAGCUCACGCCAAGAAUGUUUUCUUACAAAAUUCUCUUUUUAUUGAGGUUUCACUAAUAAGCAGCUUCUACUUUUGAGCCUCAACUUAAAGCAGAACUGUUUUCUACUGGAUUUUUCAUUAACAGCAAGCUUUUUCUUUUAUGUAAAAUAAAUCUAUUGUGAAUUGAUAUCAGUGACUCAUUUAUUAGGUAUAAAUAAUAGCCAAAGAAUAAAAUUAAAAUUUAUUUUAAACUUUCGGUCUUAAAAAGAGCUGUAGGAUAUAAACCUCUUUUGUGAAAAGUAGAAUUUUCUGAAUGCUUUCAUAGACAAAAACGCAUUUAAACUAUGUUUACCUGGUUUUCCAACAGAAAUCAAAUGAUUUCAAUACUGUGUUUUGAUGGGUUAUUUUCAGAGUUGUUUGGUUUUUAAAACACUACUGAAUGGUUUCUUUUAAAUUUAAGAACAACUAGUUCUUGAAAAGCAAUACCAUAUUUCUCUGAUAAAUUUGUAGUUAAGGUUCUAGAAAAUCUAGGACAAAUUUACUUCAUUAAACAUAAAGUUUUUAAGAUUAUUCAGUUGGCACAAUUUAAUGCAUAAUUGGGAUUGGAUCCAUUAAUAACAUACUGUGGUACAGUAAAGAGAAUGUGUUCUUAUUGAACAAUAAAUUUGUAUAAAAAUAUGGAAUAAUGCAACUACAUUAUAAAUUGUAUAUGAACAAAAUAAAUUUUGGGUCACUGAGCUUACUAUUAAAA